GAUUCUUUUGUCUUAAUUUUUCGUAUUUUUUAUCCAAAUUGUAACACGGCCAAGUAACUGUCUUUUUCUCACGUUGUCUAACAAUUCAUCAAAACAAAAAAUUUAUAUAUUGUUUAAAAAAUUAGUAUUGUUAAAAAACAGUAAAAAAUGAGUGCAAUUUUAAGAAAUACAUUGCGUUUUGUUAGCACAGCAAAAUAUCUACAAACUAUGCCACACAUGAGUUAUCGUUUGAAUGAUUCAAUGGCAUUAAAUGGAUCGAAUUAUCUUCAAUGUCAUGAAUCGAAAAGAUUGUAUCAAACUCAAGGUAUCAACAGUUGGGUUUAUGAGAAAACCGUAAUAACUUCAGUAAACAAAAUAUUAUCAGUAUUUACUGGUAAAGAAAGAAAAUCCUCAGAUGUUGGUAAUUUUAUUGUAUCACUUAGCAAUCGUGAACAAUCAUUAGUAACACCAGCACCAUGGUUUGGACAAUUCAUAGGACAAAGGACAAGAUUUUUUUUGCCUCCUACAUUCAGCACUAAGCAUAAUGGAGCAAAGAUUGAACAAAAAUAUUCAAAUAGAAUUGCUGUUGAAGAAGAAAAAACAUCAUAUGAAUUUGGUAAACUGAAUAUAUCACUUGAUGGUGGUGAAUUAAAAUUCAAAGUAAAAGAUAGUGAUGAAACUUUUAUUUUGAAACACGCAGUUCACGUUGAAGCUCACAAUAACCCAUCUAAAACUUUGAAGGAUGGUGGUACGAAACCAGUUUCAAUGCAUCUUUCUUCUAUUUGUCAUAAUGCUAAAAUAAUAUCAAAAACAGAAUCGGACGAAUCGGACUUACGAACAACUGCUUAUCCAAAUGAAUAUAAAUGGAUAAAACUACAAUUUCCAAUGACUGUGUCAUUCGAAGGAGCUCGACAAGAAGUAAAAAUAGACAAUCGUGAUGAUAAUCUAAUUGUCUAUCACACAGUUGACAUUCAAGCCUACAAAGAAUUGUAUGGAAAAUUAAACAAUGAAACUGCUGAUAGAAAUGAAAAUAGAAAAUCAGAAGUUGGUGAAAUUCAGAUACAACUUGAAAGUGGUGAUCUAUUUAUUGAAGCACGAGAACCUUGUGAUAAAAGUAUAUACAUGAAGCACGAUGUCCACAUUUUAGUUAACUUGGAUAAUAGAGUACCAUUUAUAGCUGUUAAGCCUCAUGUAGAAGUACGUUAGAAAUGAUGAUGAAA